UUGGAUGGGAGACCAGGGUGAGUAUUACGGCAUCAUGAGAAAUGCACAAAAAGUUAUGCAGACACAAGCUCUCGAGCUUACUGUCGCGCGUCAUUCCAGGAAGGAACAGCUAUUGUCGUCUCCUUGUCCAUUUAAUUAACAUCCAUCAACCAUUCAAUCGCGUCAUUUUACAUCUAUCUCAUCAUCGACAUUGUUCGAAAUCCACUGAUACAUACCAAAACACGUCAGUGAACAACUCGCGACAAGAUGGCCGAGUACACCAAGAUGAAGAACGCCGACCUCGAGGCGCUGCUCAAGGAGCGCAACCUCCCUCACACCGGCAAGAAGGCCGAACUGGUCAAGCGACUUCAAGACAGCGAUGCGCAACCCGCUGACGGCGACGCGCCCGCUGCCACCAAGAACGACGACGAGAUCGAUUGGGACGACGAGCCUGCCGCCGCCGCAGCUGCCAAAGCAACCACAGACUCCGCCUCCGUCGCAAUCGCAGCCGGCGGUCAAGGACAAGCCCCAAACCCUCAAGCCGUACCAAACCAGCAAGCCGACAUUGAUCCUUCGCAAACAGACGACCUCACAGUGAUCAAGCCCGCCGAAGACGCGUCAACAGCUCAACCCGCAGACUCCGAGACCGCCGAUGCCAGCGCACCUGCAGAAGUUCAACCGGAAGAGCCGGCCAAGCCUGCCGUCGACUUUACCUCUGGACUCGCAAAGACGACUCUAGACCAAGAAAUUGAAAAGCGCAAGAAGCGCGCAGCAAAGUUCGGCAUGAACGAGGACGAAGAUGAGGCUUUGAAGGCAUUGGAACGCGCAAAGCGUUUCGGCAAGAGCGAGAUGCCGGGAAAGCUUAACGAGGCCCUUCCAGAGCGUCGCGAGCGCAAGAGAGCUGCUCCCGCAGACGGAGAGCAGCAGAGUGCCAGCAAGAAGCCCGAUGUCAAGCGCGAGAACAAUGACAACAAGCGUGGUGGUGGUCGCAGGGGUGGUGGUGGAAGAGGAGGUGCAGCAGCUCAAGCCAAGGCUCCUGCUGCACCCGCUGCUUCUGCGCCUGCAAAGGAGAAGAAGCCGCAGAUGAGCGAGGCGGACAGGGCAAAGGCAGAGGCACGAAAGGCUAGAUUUGCAUAGGAGGAACGACUUCGUAGUCACGGUAUUUGGUAGACUUAUACCUCUUUGUUGCGUCUCCUGGAUUCCGAAGCCACUUUGACUGGUAUCGUUGCAGAGAUAUCAUCAUUGACGACCAGAGAGGACAUGACCGGAUGAUACUUGUGACGAGUACGCUUUGCGAUGUUCGGGACUUGACUACUUUCCAGCAUAUUUCUCUUUUUGAAAAAGCGAUCCUGUACCAGACUCGG